AUGGCUAACAAUACAUUAAAGAUUGCCGUCAUCCCCGGCGACGGCAUAGGACUCGAGGUCAUGCCAUAUGGCGUCCGUUGUCUAGAGGCGGCCGCUAAAGUGUUUGGCAUUCCGCUAACGUUCGAGACGUUCGACUUUGCCAGCUGUACUUUCUACCAGAAGCACGGGGACAUGCUUCCGCCAGACUGGAAGGAGAAGCUUCUCGGGUUUGAUGCCAUCUAUUUUGGCGCCGUUGGUAUGCCAGAAUUGGUUCCGGACGAGGUAUCGUUAUGGGGAAGCCUGUUGAAGUUUAGGCGUGAAUUUGAUCAAUAUAUCAACUUACGCCCAUGUCGGCUGAUGGCCGGGGUCAAGUCUCCUCUGGCCGACAGAAAACCUGGAGAUAUUGACUUCUGGAUCGUCCGUGAAAACACUGAAGGUGAAUAUAGUAGUAUAGGUGGUAAGAUAUUCGAAGGGACCGAUAGGGAGACGGUGAUCCAGGAGACCGUCAUGACGCGAACUGGCAUCGACAGAGUGCUUCGUUAUGCCUUCGACCUCGCGCAGAGCCGGCCGCGCAAGCGACUCACCAGUGCUACAAAGAGUAACGGAAUAAGUAUCACGAUGCCGUACUGGGAUUCUCGAGUUCGCGAAAUGUCUCUCAGCUACCCAGAUGUAAACGUGGACAAGUACCAUAUCGAUAUCCUUACCGCUCACUUUGUUCAAAGACCCAAUAUAUUUGACGUGGUUGUCGGGAGCAACCUAUUUGGCGAUAUCCUGUCUGACUUAGGCCCUGCCUGCACCGGUACAAUCGGAAUCGCGCCAUCCGGGAACAUCAACCCGGACCGACGCUUCCCCAGCCUUUUCGAGCCGGUCCACGGGAGCGCGCCCGACAUCGCCGGCAAGGGUAUCGCAAACCCGAUCGGUAUGAUAUGGGCCGGUCAGAUGAUGAUGCUGCAUUUCGGCUACCAAGAUGCUGCCGCCGCCAUGCUUCGAGCGAUUGAGAAGGUUCUGGCUGGCGGGGAUACAAAUGUUAUCACGGCUGAUUUAGGUGGUAAGGGGACAACAAAGAGUCUAGGAGAAGCCAUCGAGAUCGAGAUCCUUGCGGCAAAGAAAUAG